AUGUUCAAUUUAAUCAGAGCAUGUAGAUUGGACCACAUUUUCCCUGGACUCUCUACCGUGGACCUCAGAAGGGUUACUACCAACUUCGAAAACAAAAUAUUCCAUGAGGCUAAUAGUAAGGAAGAAUAUAUUAGGAAAAUAGCUCUCAAGUUGGAUAUUCUGGAGGGAAAACAAAAUGUAGUACAGCAACAAAUACAAAUGGGAAGGCAUGUGCGGCCAGUUAAUGCACUUCAAGCAAAGGAUGGAGGUAAUUCUUCCACUGCUGCAAUGCCGCAGGGGGCAUCGAUGAUGUCUAGUUAUGGAGGGCGAUCUUCUCAGAUGCAAAGCCAGCCUAUGGCACCUCCAUCUUUGGAUGCAGUGCCUAACAAGAAUAUGGCGUAUCAGAAGGAUCUGCAAAUGCAUUACCAAAACUUUAUACAUAAUCCGACGAGCAUUGCACAGGCACAAGAGCAAUCAGUUGUUCAACCAAAUGGGCAGCAUAAUCACCUUCCUAUGCAAAGUGCCAGAGGACCUAGUAUGCUGCUGCACGAGCAGAUGAUAAUGAACCAGCAAGGUAUGAGGCUCAAUCAACAGCAGAUGGACUGGCAAAGGUACCAUUAUGCCACCAAGAUGCAUAGUGGUCACCCGGAAGGAGGGAACAGUCAGCACAAUGCUGGUUUUGCUGUCAGCAGAAUGGAAUCUCAGCAAGUAAUGAUGGAACGUGCUGUAGAAGUUGAUUGGCGGGAGGAAAUGUCCCAGCAGAUAAAGAAACUAAAGGACGAUUGCUUUUCAGAGCUCAUGGAAUUUCAUCAACGGAUUAUUUGUCCAGAUAUUACAAAGGAACAGUUAGAGGCACUACCCAAACGCGAAAAUGUAGUGUACAAAUUUAAAUUAUAUGUGAAGGAGAAAGCCAGAGUGACGCUGAAUUUCUUACUACUAGACAAAGACAAAAUCUCCGAAAACUUAAGGGGAAAGUUCUCCAUGUAUGAGAAAUCCACAGAAGAGUUGCUACUUCCCUACAGGAAAAGUAAAGCACGAAAGGCAGAGAUUGAUGCAAGAUUGAAGUCUCAGAUUUCUCGUGGGCAACCUCAGACAACUGAUCUUAGUUGUGUUCUAGCUCCAUCUGAUGGCGGUUCCAGUAGCCAUCACAAGCAGCAAGAGCCACCAAUAAGCUCUUGUUUCCCAGAGAAAUCACAUGGAUCCUUGCAGUCUUCAUCAAUCAAUAAGCUUCAGGAGGACUUCAUACUACCAUUGUCUAUUACCAAUCCAGGAGCUGUAAAAGUUUCCUCGAACUCUGCUUCUAUAAAAUCCACAUCCCCGUCACUUGUUGCGAAGCAAGAUGCUCUAAAAGUUGCAACCUUAUCCUCUGAGUCGGUGAAGUUCACAUUGCCAUCACCAGUUUUCAUGACAGGGGUUGUUCCAGCCGCUUCAACAUGUGCUCCGGUGAUGCCCACAUCAUCAGAGAAUUUUAAGAGUGUUUCUGCCUCACAGUUAGUGGACAAUUCAGCUGCUGCUGCAGAGGUAGCGGCAGGAGGAACAGCAACAGAAGCAGCAGCAGCAAAUCAAUCUGAACAGGUAAAUCCCACUAUGACAGCCACCCCAACUCAGGUGCACAUAGCAGAUAGUGCAUUAGAAGAUAACCACCACGGUAGAGCUGAAAUAGUGGUUGCUAAGAAGCCCAUCGAUCGCCUAAUUGAAGCAGUGAGGGCUUCAUCAUCAGCAAUGCUUUAUGACUCAGCCAAUUUUAUUUGCACAGUCAGCAUGAACAAUCUGGUACCACAUUGGGAAAUUGAUGAGUUUCAGGAUUGGGAUUUCUUCUCAGAGCAGGGUGGAUCUAGCACUGGGAACAAGAUGAAGUGCAUUCUCGAAAGUACAUGGGGCAGGGUAGAAUCAAAUGCAGAACAAGGGGCUAAGAGGCAGAGAACAACGCAGAAUGCUAAGGAUGCUCUGUUAGACGAGAUAAGAUCUAUCAACAGCAGGCUGUUCGAUACUGUUAUCACCAUUGUUGAUGACAGCGGCACAGAUGCGAUCACCGCUAGAAAUGGUGGCACACUUGUCGAGUUCUCUUACACUGCCAUGUCAUUGAGUCCAGACCUGAAAUUGCUCUUUGCCGCAUCUGAAAUGCCUAUUAUCUUGCCUGUGAAGCUAUUGGUCCCUGUGGAUUACCCCAGGAGCUCUCCUGUGCUUGUCAGUGACCAGUGGGAUGAGCCAUUGAGGAAGAGGAUGAGCAACAUUUUAGGCACGGCAGAAGUGUCCUUCCGGCAUGCCCUCAACGAGCUCCCAAAGCCGAUGAUGAUCAGCAACAUGGCAAGGUUGUGGGAUGACGCUGUACGGAAGGCCAUCAUGGAGUUUGCAAAGAAGCACGGUGGAGGGACAUUCAGCUCGACGUAUCGCCUGUGGGAGCAGUGCUGA